AUGGUCUGCCGGCUACGAGUGGACCAGACCUCCACCUCUAGCACAAGCCUACAGAUGAACACGAACGUGGCCCUCUGUCCUCUGGACUACACGCUGGAAAAACAUGGUAAGAAACCGGAGUCCAACUCUCUGGACAGCCCUCUCCAAAAUGCCUUACCAUGUUUGCUGAGUCCUGAUGGAGACACACUAUCGGUGAUAGAGAACUCCGUAGCUGCCAGUCAUCCUUUCCACCCGGAGAAAACGGCAGGAGUGGGAGGGGCUAAGGGGGUCCAGGGUUGCCAUGCUUGGCUGAAAGGGAUUCAUUCUGCAAACCACGCUCAUAGACUGGUGAGAUUGCUGGCAGCCGUGUGUGCGGUGGGAAUCCUGGGAGGCUUAGCAGUUGGUGUCUGGUUUCUAGUUAGACUUCUGCUGAGGCCGUCUUCCCCCCAGAGUCCAACAGGGCUGGGAGACACCAAAGAGACGUCCUUCUGCAACGUAACGGAGGAGAUCGCCAUCUCGGACCCGAGGAAAGUGUUUUACAGAAUCAGCCCAGACAACUCCCUGCUGGAGAUCCAGCUGGAGAAGUUCCCCACCUGGCUGCCCGUUUGCUACGAGAGGUGGAACUCGUCACUGGGAACACUGGUGUGCCGCCAGCUGGGCUAUCUGAGACUGACCAAGCAUAAAGGAGUGAAUCUAACUGAUAUUGGGCCAAACUAUACUGACGGCUUUAUACAAAUUACCCCAGAACACAAGAGCAGCCUGGAAAAUAUAUGGCAGUUCAGGGGUAGCUGUGUCACAGGGAAAGUUAUAGCUUUGAAAUGUUUUGAGUGUGGGACGCGGGCGAAGUUGCCCCGGAUAAUCGGGGGGGUGGAGGCCACUUUGGGCAGGUGGCCGUGGCAGGUGAGCCUCUAUUACAGCAACCGCCACACCUGUGGAGGCUCCAUCAUCACCAGCCAAUGGGUGGUCACAGCAGCCCAUUGUGUCCACAAUUACAGGUUACCUCAGGUGUCCAGCUGGGUGGUCUAUGCUGGCAUUGUGAUGCGCAGCUCGACUAAAACGGCUCAGUCCACCGGGUACGCCGUGGAGAGGAUCAUCUACAAUAAGAACUACAACCACAGGAGCCAUGACAGCGACAUAGCCCUGAUGAAGCUGCGGACGCCGCUCAAUUUCUCAGAUACCAUUAGGCCCGUGUGCCUGCCUCAGUACGACCAUGAUCUUCCUGGUGGGACACAGUGCUGGAUCUCUGGAUGGGGCUACACGCAACCCGACGACGUUCAUGUCCCUGACACUCUCAAGGAGGCGCCCGUUCCUCUAAUAAGCACUAAGAAGUGCAACAGCUCCUGCAUGUACAAUGGAGAGAUCACCCCAAGGAUGGUCUGCGCCGGAUACACCGAGGGAAAAGUGGAUGCGUGUCAGGGGGACAGCGGGGGUCCGCUGGUGUGCCAGGAUGACAAUGUGUGGAGGCUGGUGGGUGUAGUCAGCUGGGGUACAGGAUGUGCCGAGCCCAACCAUCCAGGGGUUUACACCAAAGUAGCUGAAUUCUUGGGCUGGAUUUAUGACAUGAUUGAGAGCUACUGAAGAGGAACUUGGAAAUGGAC